AUGCCGGGUGAUAUCAUCAACAAGGACUCGCACUGUCACAUCGACGAUGUCGAAGCCUCCAAAGGUGACGCGGCUUCUACCGGAGAGAACAAUCAAUCCAAAAGAUCCAAAUCUCCACAAGAACGAAAACUGCUCCUUAAGCAAGACUUGAGCAUGCUUCCCCUCCUGGCCGGCUGCUUCUUUUUUGCAUACGUCGAUCGCGGGCAGAUAGGCAAUGCACGCGUGAUGGGAAUGCAGCAAGAUUUGCAUCUGACGAAUGAUCAAUACUUCAAUGCGUUGAUGGUCUUUUUUAUCGGGUACAUGAUUAUCGAACUGCCGUGCGCUCUCGGCCUGGUAUACUUCAGACCAAGUCAUCAGUUUGGGUUAGCCACGAUGCUCUUCGGGGUCAUGGCAACAUGCAUCGCUGCUGUAAAUUCAGAGGGGUCAUUGAUUGCCAUUCGCUUCAUACUCGGCCUCUGUGAAGCAUUCGUCCAGACAGGUUUUAUUUACUUGAGUCUCUGGUACCGUCCGGAUGAAAUUGCUCUAAGAGCAGCCCUCUUCUAUCUUUCUACACCCCUUGCUGGUGCCGUCAGCGGCCUGAUUUCCUACGGUGUGGCGAAGAACCUGGCCGGUGUACACGGCUAUGCCUCGUGGCAGUGGCUCUUUAUAGUCGAAGGCGUUCCGACGAUCGCAUGGGGAGUCCUGACCUUCUUUAGUCUGCCUGGCCGCCCCGAGGUAGUGGCCGAGAAGGGGAGCUUUCUUUUUUCCGAUGCAUCUGAACGGCAGCUCAUCCUGCAGAGGGUCACUGAAGCCCAGAACUCGAUUCAUGUAAAGUUUGUUCCUGGUCAGGUUCUCAAGGCAUUGAAAGAUCCCAAGACGUGGCUGGAUGCCGUUACAGUUGGGGCGUUCGGUCUCGCUGUCGCAGCGUUUUCCCUCUUUCUUCCGACCUUCAUCAAUGCCUUUGGCUUCUCUCCUCUUCGCACCCAACUAUUCAGCAUUAUUCCUUACGCCUGCGCGGCUGUAACGCUUCCACUCUCUUGCUAUUUUGCCGAUUUGUACAAAGCGCGAGCUAUACCGUUGCUCGUGUGUUUUUUGUUCUGCGUGAGCGGGCUCAUCCUGCUUUUGGCGACGACAUCCAAGGCAGGGCGAGUCGCGGGGACGUCUCUGGUUGCGGCAGGCUCGUAUCCCGGUGUGAUCCUGGGAGCUACAUGGGUUGUGACGAGCCAUGGCGGGUAUACGAAGAGGAGUACGGCAUGGGCAGUCGUGCAGGUGUUUUUGCAAUGCUUCAGUAUCAUGGGCACCAAAAUAUACAAUGCACCGCCACGUUUCUUCAAGGGCCACGGUGUGGUUCUCGGUAUGCUCUGCCUCGCGGCCGUCUGCAUCGUGCUUAAAUGGUGGAUUAUGAGAACCGCGAACCAGAAGAAGGAUGCAAUAAUAUCUCAAUGUGAGGCUGAUGGUGUUGCGAUUCCUGAUGGUGAGAAGACAUUCGAGGAUGCUGGGGACAGUCACCUGCGUUUCCGGUACAUAUUGUAG